AUGGCCAUGGCGGCCAUCUUGCUGAUGGGCAAUGACAGGUCAAAGAGGUCGGCGGGCUGGAAGAGGGCAGGGCUGGGGGGACGGGACGAGGGCGCCGCACCAGUGGGCUGCAUCGUGAGUGUCCUGAGGCCUCAGGGAAGCGUCACACAAGAGCGACCACACAACAGACACACGAAAAGGGAUCGGUUUGCGGCAUUUCGAUGCUUCAUCUGCCUCUUCAGUUGCCACCUUACCCUCUCUGAGCGCUUCAGAGCCUCAUACUUACAGGCACAUACACACCUCUUCUCUUGUAUGUGCACAUGCUCUUCCGCUUCGUUUAAUUGCCUUUGUGCCGUGGCGUCACGUCAGGUCAAGACGUUUGUGUCUGUCCAUGAAGCAGCCAAGGGGCUGGGCUGCCUCAUCCAGCCCACACACCCACACGACACAGAAACCAUCGACGCACUCUCGUCGAGCAAAGCAACAGACAGCCACGCAUCGCAUUCAUGCGAUAGAUACGCGAGAGACAUUGCUGUCCAGGACCAGUGGAUAACAUCCCUUUCUCUGUGUCUUGUUCUUGCACUCUUGCGCAGACUGACCUGCCAGAUGUGCCGCUGUUCCUUGCCCCACUGGCUGAGGCACAGCAAGGCGAGAGCGGCCAAUCCGGCAAGGUGGGCGCACACAACACAAUCGAUCUGCCCAUGGGCCGCUUGUCCACGAAGGUUCUUUCGGUGUCUGUCUGUAUGUAUGCAUCCCUCAGGGGGGUUUGUUGUGGGCUAUGCGGGAGGCUGCAGGUGCAGUGGGCCCGGCACAGGCCAUCAAAGCCAUCUCGCCGCACAUUACAAAGGUCAGUCCGCCCAUCAGACGAAACGGCUCUCGCUGCCACGCCCAUCCGGCUUCGUGUCUCCAUCCACCUCUUCGUCAAUGCAGGCCGUGUGUGUGAUGUUUGCGCCCCUUCCCUUUGCUGAUUCGAGCGAAUCCGAAGAGGACGAGACGCCCCUCCUCACCACAUCCCUCCUCCUCACUGCGGUGGGUUGUGGUCUGAGCACAGCUGGAUAUCCCUGCGUGUCUCAUGUGCCCCGUAUAUUGUCGUGCCAGUUGCUGACGUGUGGCGUGUGUUGUCUCAAGAGCGGGUCGCAGCCAUGUGUGUACUUGGGUGGCGUGCCGGCGGCUGACUCAGGUGUGAUGCAGGCUCUUGAUGAGGUGGAGAGACAUCUCAAAGCCAUUCCGUGGACAAAGGUAUCAUGA